CACAGACCAACGUUUGUGUCCAGUGCAUUCUUGCUUCAAGGUGCAGUUGCAUACUCUCGAAGUGAUCUAGCGAUCAUCCCCUCAAUUGAUACCUGUGGAUCCGAGACGCCCAUCGCGUGACACCCCGGUCAAGCCGCAUCUCCGAUAAAUCUCGACUUCAGCCGACCUCCGGCUUCCCAGACCAACCAAAAAGAAGAUACGUGAAGAAAGGCGUUCGAACAGCCAGAGCCUUCAUUUUCAUAUCACCAUGUCUCCCCGCUAUAUCCUCCGGGCCAUGCAGCCCGUGCGCGCCUCCGUCUUCUCGCGAGCGACGCCAACGACGACAACCAUCCUCCCUCUCCUCCCCUCCACCAGCUCAAUUGUCAGCCCCCUCCGGCGUCUGCAUUCCACCACCACUACCACAGAAACCCCCGACCAACUCCGCACAACAGCGGCCGAAGCAGCCGCCGCACCAUCAACCAUCGCGCCCCCCUCCCUCCGCAGCUACCCCUACAGCACCAAGCUGGGCACAGUCGUCUCCGUCGGCAAAAUGCAACACACCGUGCGCGUCAGCCACCGCCACACAGAGUGGGACGCGCACCUGCGCAAGCCGUACCCCAAGAUCACGAACUACCUGGUGUCGGACCCGCGGGACUCGCUGCGCGAGGGCGACGUUAUCGAGUUCACGUCCGGUGCCCCCCGUGGCAGGAACGUGCGACAUGUUGUGGAGCGCAUUGUGGCGCCGUUUGGGUCGGCCGUUGAGGAGAGGCCGGCUGUCAUGACGCGCCAGGAGAGGGAGGCGGAGAGGGCGGCGAAGAGGGUCGCGAAGUGGGAGAGGAGGGAGCAGAGGUUGGUGGAGGCGGGUGUGCCGAUUGAGGAGGCGAGGAAGGAGAGGAUUGGGAAGGUUAGGAGGCUUGUGCAGGAGAGGGUUGGGGCUUGGGCUUAGGUUAUUGAGAUGGUGAUGUGUGGUUGAUAUGUGUGUUCACUUUUUUCUCUGUCGCUGAUUGUCUCUGAAGGAUGUUUCUUGUUCUGUAUUUGGAUGUAUGUUGAUUUGGGUCUGUAUUAUACUUUACUAUUGUCAGGCAUUUGUUGCUGGCAGUCA